GCCGUAUCGUAAUGUGGAGUAGACAACUACAUGCCUUCGUGCCCUAAACCCCGUCUUCUCCAGAGACUCUGCGGCUUGUGGUCGUAAAGCCCUAGCGUUCUUCUUCUUCGUCCUGUUAACGAUGAAGCUCGUUAGGUUUUUGAUGAAGUUGAACAACGAGACCGUGUCGAUUGAGCUCAAGAACGGAACCGUUGUUCACGGCACCAUCACAGGUGUGGAUAUUAGUAUGAACACACAUUUGAAGACAGUGAAACUUACACUGAAGGGUAAAAAUCCAGUGACAAUGGAUCACCUGAGUGUGAGGGGUAACAAUAUUCGCUACUAUAUCCUUCCUGACAGCUUGAAUCUCGAGACUUUGUUGGUAGAAGAGACACCUCGGGUCAAACCCAAGAAGCCAACUGCAGGGAAGCCUUUGGGACGUGGCAGAGGCCGUGGCCGCGGGCGCGGACGUGGCAGAGGCCGUUAGCUAUGUUGCAGUCAUUGCAAUUUUUGGGGCAUUUGGUUUUGUAAAGCAUCUGCAUUGUGGAAGUUCCUGUUUCCUAUCUAGUCUUGAAAUAGCUGAAUCUUUUUUCCUGAUGGUUAUAAGUUUGAGCACCAUUUUCAUAUAAUCUGUAACUGUGGGUUUGUUGACUUUCUAAUGAGAAAGGAAUGGAUGUGUUUUGAAUGACUCCAUAACUGUGAUUCUUCUCGCAUUUUCAGACAUGAAAAGCCUUCUUGGUAA